GCCUGAUGGUUUCCGGAACUAAAUCACAUUUCUGGGCGUAGUUGAAGCUGCUCUGUGUGUCUCAAAGGUUUUGAGGUUGUUUGGGAAAAACAGGGAGUUUAAGUUCUUUGUUAGCAUACAGAAGUGACACGGUUUGGGCGAAAAUUAGCCAAGAUGUCCAAUCAAGUCAGGCUAAGGCUGCUGCCCAGUGCCAGGUGUCUGUUCGAUGAGCCCGUCCAGGUGAAGGUGGCUGGGCUGAGGCCCAAGCAGGUGGUCACCAUGAGAGCCACAUCCACAGAUGAGAAGGGAGUAGUUUUCAGCUCCACAGCCACCUACAGGGCAAAUAACAGCGGGGACAUUGACUUGAUCAGAGACGCCUCUCUCAGUGGGAGCUACGUCGGGGUUGAACCCAUGGGUCUGCUGUGGUCCAUGAGGCCAAAUGUCCUGCACAAAAGGUUUCAAAAGACAAACUCCUUAAACCCUUAUGUGGUGAAAUUCUCUGUGCAUGAAGACGAGGGCAAGAUGCUGGCAGAGGCGACCAAUCAGAGGUAUCUGAUGAGAGACGGGGUCAGCCGGGUUCCGGUCAAAGAGGGGAAUAUUCGCGGUGUCCUUUUUACUCCCCCAGGAGAAGGGCCAUUCCCUGCUGUGUUGGAUCUGUACACGUUUGGUCCAGGUCUGUCGGAGAAAAGGGCCGCUCUGCUGGCCAGCCGUGGAUUUAUGGCUCUGACUGUGGCUCUGUACGGUUACGAUGACCUGCCCAAGAGCAUUGAAGAAGUCCAUUUGGAUUAUUUUGAAGAAACAAUAGAAUUUCUAAAGAACCAAAAAAAGGUGGGCAGUGGAGGAGUUGGUGUUUUAUCCAUUUCUAAAAGUGGAGAUCUUGCUUUGUCAAUUGCAUCUUACCUAGCAGGAGUUCAGGCCGUCGUCUCGAUCAACGGCUGCUCCGCUAAUGCAGCUUUACUUCUGCACUAUAAGAAAAGACAGCUUCUUCCAGCAUUAAAGUUUGACUUUAACAAAUUGAUUGCCACCGAGUCAGGAGCCAUUAUAACCAAAUAUGCCAUGCAUGAUCCUCUGGCAGAGGAAAACAAGGCAACCCUGGUGCCUAUUGAACGAGCAGGUGGACAUUUCCUUUUUAUAGCUUCAGAGGAUGAUCUCAACUGGGACAGCAAGGCCUACAUGGACGGGAUGGUGGACAGACUGAAGCGUCAUGGGAAGGAGAACUUUGAGAGUGUGAGCUAUGCUGGAGCCGGACACUAUUUAGAGCCCCCGUAUGGACCGUAUUGCCCCUCCAGCUUCCAUGGAGUUGUGGGUAGGCCGGUUCUGUGGGGGGGUGAGCCCAGGACCCACGCUGCAGCUGAAGUCCACUUGUGGAGAAAGAUCCAACAGUUCUUCAGAACUCACUUAACCUGUGACAGAACUCAAACUAAAUCCAGGUUAUAGCUUCUAGCAUGAUAGUCUAAAUACUUUAGCUACCAUUCAUUUCUGAGUAAUUUGAAAAUAUAAUAAGUUUGGUAGCAAUAACUAUAAAGCAGUGAACACUAUCAAAUUUAUUUUAGAUUAUUUUAAUGUUUCAGCUUAUAUGUUAGAAAUGGCUUCAUCUACCUGUAAAGCAGGUUAGUAAAAAGAAAAAUAUUUUCUACUACGUUCUACUUCUAAGGUUUUUUAUAUCUUGACUAAUGUCCCCUCCUACAAAGACAAUGCUUUUGGUCAAAUUACUGAAACAUGGCAACACUUCUUUCAUAUAAUUUGUUUGCACAAAAUGUAUAAUUCUCUGAUGAAAUAGUUAACUAUUAUUUAACUAUUUCUUUUUUUAUUAGUUAUCACUUUUUAAAUGUACAAUCAAGUCUUAUGUACACUAGGGGGAGCCAAAUACAAGAUAUUAAAUAUUUCAAUGCUUGUUCCCUUACAGCUUUUUACCUAAUUGUUGUGUUCAUUACUACUUAACAAAAAAAUGUGAUUUUGAUAGAAUCAGUUUUGUGACAAAUAUAAUGGUAAAUAAAGUUUCAAAAUAAAACCUAAGAGCUCCA